UCUUCAUUACUAACUCUCAAUCGUUUCCUCUCUUGACACGUGAAAAAUGAAAGAGAUGCCCUCUUACAUGAUCGAGAACCCUAUGUUUGAGCCUUACAAGCCAAAGAAACGGCGUUGUUACUCCUCUUCGAUGCUUUCUAUUUUCUUAUCGAUCUUCACUUACAUUUUGAUCUUUUACGUUUUCGAAGUAUCCCCAUCGUCUAUCUUCAAAGACACGAAGGUCUUGUUCUUCAUCUCCAACACUCUCAUCCUCAUAAUCGCCGCAGAUUAUGGCGCCUUCUCUGAUAAAGCGAGUCACGACGUUUACAGUCAAUACACCGCCGCAGUGGGAACGAUGAGAAGCCGUGCAGAUAACUACUCUCCUAUUCCCGUCUUGACAUACCGAGAAAACACUAGAGAUGGAGAAAUCAAGAACCCUAAAGAUGUGGAAACCAAGAACCAUAAGGAAACCAAGAACCAUAAGGAAGAAGAAGAAGAACCACCGAUGGUGAAAGAGAUCGUUUACGUUUCUCCUCCCGAGAAAAUACUACGAGUGGUGAACGAGGAGAAACCUAGAGACGAUGUUGCUAUCGAGAAAUACAAACCUGUUACUGAUGAAACUGUUGUUAGGGUAGAAGUUUCCAACGCAAGAAAUCAUAUGAACCCUAAAUUGUACGGGAGAAGUAAAUCAGAUAAGCCACGAAGAAAGAGGCUCAGUGAAGGUAUAGAGACAAAACGUAAGAGUUAUGGUCGAAGGAAUUCCGAUAGCUCGACAUGGAUGGUUGUUCCGGAGAAGUGGGAGAAUGUUGAAGAAGAAUCCGAAGAGUUUUCAAAUAUGUCGAACGAGGAGUUGAACAAACGAGUCGAAGAGUUCAUCCAACGGUUCAAUAGACAGAUCAGAUCUCAAUCACGAGUUUCAGCUACGUAAAUUAAAUUGAUCCUAGUAUUAAUUUAGUCGGUACUUUUCUUUUUGAACGUAGAGUAUGGUCUAAGAAACUUGGUGAUGAGACGACUAUUUUUGCAGUCGUUGUCGGUGUAAAUUAUUAUAGGCAGUAGAAUAUGAAAAGGAUAAUUGUUACUGAUAAAUACAGUAUUUGGUCCGUUGUAAAAAAACAAAAAUUUAUAUAUAUAAUCGCUUAAUGCCAACAAAUACAUUAUAGUAUCGGUUAGUUA